AGAUACUUGUGCGAAUCUUUUAAAAGGAAUAUAUAUAACCUCAUUACUAAUUAUACAAAAUCUUCUAGGCAUUUUAUAAUUGUGGAAUUCUGUAGCCUGUCAUUAUACAACUAUCAAGGCCGUUUACUGGGUACUCCAAGAUGGAAAGGAUUCUCUGAAGAACCAUUGUAUAUUCCUUGCAUAUCAUUGUGUGCAGAUACUUUGGUCAUAAGGAAUCAAAGUAAUGACAAAUUGCUUCAUAUCUUAGAAAUAUCUUACAACAAGCCGAUAGUAGAGAGAGAAAGUCAAUCAUAUUCGCAUAUGCACAAUGUAAUGCAAGUGGCAUUAAGUUACAUUAGCAUAAAGGAUCGACAAUUAGCAUUAAUAGAUGUCAACAAAGAUCUAUUUUUAAUUGCGAUAAGAACUAGGUUUGGAAGAAUUUGCAAAAUAGCUGCAAUGGCACAAAAUAUUGCAUGGGCAACUGAUGCAAAUGUUUUAGCUGCAAUGUUAGAUACUAAUUUGUCAGUAUGGUUAUGUCCAAAUUGUGUUCAUUAUAGUGAUCGCAAAGUAAUACGACGAACCAGAAUUGAUAAGGAAAACAGGUAUUGUUUAUAA